AUGGAGACAACGCAACAGUUCAUUGAGCGUAGUCACCACUCUUCCUACGCUGCCAGCAGUCCACGCCGGCUCAAUUCCUCCCAACGGGUUUUCUCAAAUGGAGGACUUCCUGGUCCAGACGAGAUCGAAUUCGUCAGCUCAGAGGCUAUCAAUCAGGUUCAUGAACUCGAAGCCCAGAGGGAUUCCUUGCUGGCUGAGAUGAAGGAGCUUAAGAGAAGACGGCACCAGAACGAGAUAGGAAUUUGGAAGACUACGAACCAGCUGGAUGAAGGCAACCGCCUGGCAGUUGAUCUGGCGAGAAAAUGCGAGAUUUUGGAUCGCGAGAACGCUGCUAAGAGCAAUUCCUUGAAGGGAGCUCGAAGAGACUAUAAUCGAGCUGAAAAAGAAGUCUCUGAGCAAGAGAGGUUCAGCGAGCAGAUGUCGCGGCAACUACUAGACAUCAAGGCCGAGAUCAUCCGUACUAAGCCUCAUAUAUUGUCCGCUCGGAAGCAGCUCGGCGUGGUUGAAACCGAGAAGGAUCGCGUAGUCGCCAGCGUUGGUCGCAUGGAAAGGGAAUAUAGGGCUACUUCAUCACGAAUGAAUGAACUCACACGUCAUAGUGCAGAGCUCACUCGAACUCUGCAGGAGGCUGUGACUGAUGGUAACCUACAUGGAUGUUCUCCUGGCGUGGACUACUGUAUCGGUACAUGUAUCACAGCCCAGGAUUGUGAUAGUAGCGGAGUCAACGCGAGGAGCUACCGAUGCGUCCAUGGCACUCCUGGGUCCUCGGGGUUCCACGGCAUUUGUGUUCAUGAAGCUAGCUUUAAGGACAUGCCUGGAAUGGGAGUGAUGAAGCAGCUGAGUUUCAUGUCACAGUCGAAGUUAGUGCAGCAAGCCCUGCACCCAUCGCGAGUGGGGAGAGUCUUGCAAGAACCAGGGGCCACGGUACAGGAUAACAACAACAACAAACAACGUUUGCAGACAUUAGCAGCAGCGAACGCAGCACUUGACGCCCUAGGACGACGGUAUGGCUUGACGGCGGACCACGAUUAUCAAUCACUGAAGAAACAUCUUAGUGAUUUGGGAAAAGCUCUACCGUCCCCACCACUUUUCGACCCGCCGAAUAUCGAGGACAGCCUGGCGAACGGUGUCAAGGGCGCUGUUCACACGAUGCUUCAUCCCUUGGAAUCGGUCCCUAGUGCGGAGACUCAUUCUCAUUGGCCGCCGCAAGUCUCUGCACCUAGACCGGGUCAUGGUGACAGCUCAAGUCAAACCGUCCAUCAUGCUGGCGGCUUCGUAUACACUAUACAGUGA